AUGACAAUCGAUGAAGAUACCCAAACGUCCCUCAAAGCCUCAACUGGCGCUGCGAUCUUCGACGAUCCCGAUGCGGACAUUACUCUUCUUAGUAGCGAUGGACAUGAGAUCAAGGUACAUUCGUACCUGCUGAGAUCAGAGAGUACGGUAUUCCGACAUAUGUUCAACGACAAGAACUUCUUCGACGAUCAUUCACCCCUGUUAUUCGAAGCUGAAGUAUCUGAUAUCCGAUCCCUCAUCUAUCUAAUGGACGCGAAAGACCCCAAUCUGGGCAGCUUGGAACAAUCUUCCCGAUUGCUCGAGUUGUGCGACAAAUAUGGAUUGUACAAGGUCGAGGAACGUAUUCGAAAGAGGAUAGCAAAUCUGGUACCUCAAAAGCCAUGGGAAGGUUUUGUUUUGGCUAGUCGAUUGAAUGAUGUUACUUUGGCCAAGAGUGCCUUGAGAUCAAUGGCCACCCAAAGCAAUACACAAAGUUUCAAUCUAUCUUUAGCUCUCAUCAAAAAAGAAGUAGCCAUCCAACCUACUGUACCAUAUUUGAUUGGUCUACUCAGACCUGCAGGGGAACCUCAAUAUUCUGGUUUAGAUACGAGAGAUUGGUGUAAGAUCGCAGAUCGAUUUAAGCCUCUCUGA